GUUAGGGUGUCUUAAAAACCGUUGAGGGUAUCAGGAUUUAUGGAAAAUUGAAACAUGGCUGUUUUGGAAAUGUCUUACAGAUCGGUCACCAACCCAGUAGGGAUUGUACGUGUUGUUGAGAUCUUCCUGUCCUGUGUGACUUUCAGUCUGGUUGCCCAUGAUAGAGCCUUCAGUGGCUCUUAUGGUGCCUGGUGCAUGUUUUCCUGGUUUUUCUGCUUCAUCUUAUCAGUCCUGAUUGUGCUUAUGGAGUUUACAGGGCUAUGUCAGAAGAUCCCCAUCUCCUGGGAGGACUUCACCAGUGCAUUUGCCAUGCUGGCUACCCUCAUGAUGCUUACAGCAUCAAUCAUCUACCCUGUGGAGUUCCUCAAGGACUGCCCAGGAAACCUCUGUGCCUUUAAGGCUGCCGCUACGGCCAUGUCCUGCCUGUGCUUCAUUGCCUAUGCGGUGGAGGUGGGGUUGACCCGCGCCAAGCCGGGGGAGAUCAGUGGCUUCUUGUCCACCAUUCCUGGGCUGCUCAAGGUCUUGGAAGCUUUCGUUGCUUGCAUCAUCUUCAUCUCGAUCAAUAAUUACUGGACAAAUCCUGGACUGCAGUGGUGCAUGGCUGUCUAUUGUCUCUGCUUCAUCUUUGUCCUCAUCAUUAUAAUCUUCACCAUCUGCAAGAUCCACCUGUUAUCUUUCUCCUUCGAUAAGGCCCUGACUGGGUACAACAUCUUGGCUGUGCUCAUGUAUGCCUCGGCGGCCAUCGUCUGGCCAAUCUACUGCUUUGACAAAAAAUUGGGUGGAACUUCCAGACCCACAAAUUGCAGUCCCUGUCCCUGGGAUGGCUUGGUGGUAGUUACUGUCAUGACUUAUGUUAAUCUGGUGGUCUACAUAGUAGACACAGUGUACUCUGUGAGACUAGUCUUUAUCUCUAGCACAUAAUCAGAGUACUUACCUUGUUGUUUUAGGGAUUCUUCCAUACGCGUCUCUGAAUAAAAGAUUUCAUUCCCGGCUUUCAGAUCCCUGAGAUCUUUAUACUAUUUUGUAUUGAACUUGCUGGUUUUCAAGUCUCCUGUGCUGCACCUACAUUAGUUCAAUUAAAAUGAAAUGCCCAGUACAUCAUUCUCUACACCUCAAUAACUUUUGAACUGUAAAUUGUUUUGAAAAAAAAAAAAAAAUUAUAUUUGGUUUCUCUGCUGCAUUUAAUUAACUGUCUCUCAGAUUCCCUGAGGUGCUAUCCAUACUAUCCCUUAUACAAUAUUACCACAGUACAUUUGCAUGGUAAUUGUGCAGUAUUUCCAUGUUUUUCCCAGGAUUAUACUAUGUUUGCCAUAGUUUACCAUGGCCUGUCAUGUUUUUUUAAAUGAUUUGCCAUAUGCUUUUGCUACGGAAAACUUUUAACAGGGAUACUGAUAAGCGAGUUCUCAGUACUUUCAUAAUGUCAAAUGUUUUGAUAAAACUGAACUAGGUGAAGUACAAAAAUGUUUGAGCUAUAUUGUCUUUAAUGUGGUUUCUAUAUUUUAUUUAUUUUGCUAGCUCUCAGAUCCCCAAUAAUGAGUUCUAUAUACUGUAUUAAAUUUAAUGGCUUUCAAAUUCUUAGCACUAAGUUAUGUAUGUAGUACUAACCUGAAUUUAUAUCUUUCAGAUCCCCAAUACAAUACACUGAGUUCUCUAUACUAUGCCGGAACUUGAACUGUGUUUUACCAUGUUUAAUAUAAUUUGCAACAUGUUGCUGUGCUUUUACCCUGGUAAGCUGCAGUAAUGUUUUAUGGCUUUAUCAAAACGUUGCCUAAUAAAUAUCAUAUGUGCAAAGUUCAGUGGAAUUUGCCCUUAGCUUAUCAAGACAUAAAAUCAGUAAACAAA